AAUGCAGUUGUGAUGCAGCUGAUGCUUCUUCCAGGGCUGCUGCAUUUGGUUCUGUUAUGAGGCAUUACUCAAGGCCUCUUCUUCAUGUUUUACCUGAUGAUGUUAAGGCCAAAUUAUUGGAUGCUCCUUUGGAUAAUAAAAAUCUUUUUGGUACUGCUUCUGCUGAACUUUUGAAAUCUCUUCAGGAUGAGGGCAAAGCCUUGCAGGAGUUGAAACAUAUUUUUUGUUUCUCCUAUUCCAAAUCUGCUUUUGUUCACAGACACUCUCAACCUCCAGCCAAGGGUAAAAGGGGUUCUAGACAUGUACCUCCUGCUAAAUCUAAACAGACUCCUAUUUCCCAGUAACCUCCUUUUCAGAACAAGCCAGGUUCCAUUUGACUACUUGCUUCCCUUUUCCCUAAGCCAGGUUCCUUUGUCCCUUUGCCUCUCCCUGUCACUUCCAGAUUGGUUAAGGGAUAACAGACUCUUAGUUUCUGUCCAGUAUCUGCCAGGGGUAUUUCAUGGCUUGGAAAUCUCUUCCUCUCUUUUUGUGCAUCCCACAACCUCCUUGAGAACAGCUUCCUUUCUUCCCAGAGGUGCUUUAUUCUCAUUCAGGCUAUGCCCCCUGCACAGGAAGGGAGGAAUUUUUAUUCCAGAAUGUUUCUGGCUUUCAGAAAGGAAGGCACAUAAAGACCAACUCUGGACCUUUCUCAGCGCAACACCUUUCUCAAGGUCCCCUCUUUUGGAUGGUGUCUCUUCAAACUUUAUUUCCUCCUCAUCUUUGCCAGGCCUUUCUGGUCUCUCUGGAUCUCAAGGAUGCCUACCUUCAUAUCCCCAUCCAUCCCCUUUUCAGGAAAUGUUUGUGUUUCUCUGUUUCUUCUUGCAUUUAGAUUUCUCUGCUUUGUCCUUUGGCCUCACUACUGCUGCAAGGGUAUUUACCAAAUGCGUUGUUUGCGUCAUUGUAUUUUCCAAGAUAAGAUGGUUCAGAUCUUUCCUUAUCUGGAAGACCUGCUCAUUCAAGCUUCCUCCCCUGAAGCUCUGUUUCAGGAUCUCCAGUUUACUAUUUUCCUGCUGCAGAGUCGGGCUCUCCAUAAACUGUCAAAAAUCCGUCUCGACUCCUUCUCAGGAUCAUGUUUCCCUUGGCUGCAGGAUCCAGAGUAUCCCCAUGUUAGCAUCUCUGCCCGCCUCCAAGGCCCUGUAUCGUUUUGCUUUUUUCCAGUCUAUUCUUCCACUGGAUUCAGUCACGGCCAGAGACUUUCUCAGGGUCCUUAGGUUUAUGGCCUCCAACAUUCCCAUGCUGCCUCUAGCUAGGCUCCAUAUGAGAAAGCUUCAGUGGUACCUCAAGUCAGUUUAGCUUCAACUUUGUCAUCCCCUAGACUUCCUGGUUUCCCUCCUUCCUUGUCUCAAGCUAGAGCUUCAGUGGUGGAUUCAUCAACUUUCUCUCCACCCAAGGCUUUCUUUCUAGCCUCCAGUCCCGACUCAAGAGCUCUUUACAGAUACCUCAGACAGGGGGUGUGGAGCUUCCUUAGGCUCUCAAGGUUCAGGAUCUAUGGCCUCUUUAUCAGAGGUCGAACCACAUCUGCAUCAAGGAGAUAAGGGCUCUGCAUCUAGAUCUUCAGACUUUUCAUACCCUCUUUCAUCCUGGGCCCCUCAAAGUUUUCACAGACAUUACCACAGUGAUGUGGUAUGUCAGCAAGAAAGGGGGUACAAGGUCCUAACCCUUUUUGCAGGCUAGCUCUUCAAGUCUGUGAUCUAGCUUUCCAGUAUCAAGUAACUCUUCUGCUUGUCUAUAUUCCCUCAGAGCAUAAUCUAGUGGCAGACUCUUUGUGCAGAUCCAGCACACAAGCUCAUGAAUGGAUGCUUCACAUAUGUGUUCCUGGACAUUGUCCAUCAGUGGGGUAUACCUCAGGUAGAUUUUUUUGCCUCCCCUCUGAACAGACAACUUCCUCUUGUCUGUUCCAGAUUGUCAAGUCAUCUUGCUUGGAAAGUAGACACACCCUGUCUUUCCCUUGGAAGGGGUGCUUUUGUACACUUUCUCUCCCCUUCCUCUGCUUCUGAGAGUCUUACACAAGAUCAGACAGGACUCUCCCAAAAUCUUUUUGGUGACUCCCUUUUUGGCCCAGACAGUAUUGGUUCUUCCUUCUUUCUCACUUGGCCAGGGGAAAUCACCACAAGUUACCUCACCAGGUGGACUGUCUUACACAAGACAAGGGUUCUCUUAUCCAUCCUCACUUGUCCAUGCUUUGGUUGAUGCUAUGGGUGAUGAGGUUUUGAUCCCUUUUAGACACCUUUUUUCUGAAGAUGUGCUUUUGGGUCCUGCAGGAAGCCCACUACCAAGAAAUCAUAUUGGAAAAUAUGGAAAAUGGAAGAGAUUUUCUGUCUGGUGCCUGUCUAGCCAUCAGUAUUCUCCAUCUGCAGAGGUUUCUCUGGUCCUCUCUUAUUUGUGUGAUCUGCUCUGUGCUGGGUGACAUAUUCAUCAGCUAAAGCUCACCGGUCAACCAUUUCUACUUGUUUGCCCUUGAAUCCUCCAUCAAGAUUUGAUGUUGACAGUUUCUUAAAGGCAUCCUUCAUAUCAGGCCUCCCAGAAAGCCUAUUGUUCCUUCCUAGGACCUCAAGUUUUGUUCUUGAACAACUGACUCUGGCUCCUUUUGAGUCUGCUUCUUCACCUUCCUUGCAGCAUUGUACUUGGAAGACUGUUCUUUUUUUUGGCUCUUACUUCUUCCAAAAGGGUUUCUGAACUUCAAGCUCUCAUGGUUAUUCCUCCUUUCUUAGUGUUCCACAGGGACAGUGUGUAUGUUUAUAUUGAUCCUUUUAUGCCUGAGGUGGUCAGUGAGUUGUCCCUUAAUCAGUCUGUUCAUUUGCCUUCCUUUUUUCCUUCUUCACAGUCGGCCAUUGAGAAAGUUCUUCACUCCUUGGACUUGCAUAGACAGCUCAGAUGUAAUUUGAAUAAAAGCUGUUUGGAAAUCUGAGCAGCUUUUUGUUUCUUUUCAUCCCAGGUCUUUGGGCUUAGCUGUUUGUAAGCAGACCAGCUCUUCCUGUAUUUCUAAAGCCACUUCUUUUUGUUAUUCUUUUCAUGGUAAAUGUCUUCAGUCAAGGCUCACUCUACCAGAGCCUUUGCUUCUUCUGGUGCUUUGUUCAAGGGGCUCAAUACCAACUCCAAUCUUGAGGCUGCUACUUGGUCUUCUGUCCAUACUUUCCACUUAGCAUUAUAAGUUGGAUGUUAUUUCCAGAGCCAAAGUUGGCUUUGCCAGGGCUAUCCUGCAUGGGUAUUUUGAGGAUCUUUGGUGCCAUCCUCCUCCUAAGUCUCCUCUUAUGCUUUUGUACUCUCCCGUAUGCAAGGAAUACUGCAACAGCAGUAUGGGAGAACAAAGUAUAGUUGUCAAAAUUCUUAUAUCAGUAGUGUCCUCCUUUUCACUGUUGCAAUAUUCACUCCCUUCUUCCUGCCUGUUCUUGCUCUCCUGGCUGAGGGGCUCUUCUCUCAUUUCUACAUCUUGUUGUACAUGUUCUUCCUGGUCCCUAGGGAGAUUCUUUUCCUCCUGGGACAUACUUAGGCUAUCUUGGCAGGAGAUCCCUUAUCUAAGGAGUGCUGCAACAGUGAAGAGAAGGAAAUCUACUGUUAUGGUAAGAAUUUACACAACUGUAGUUUUUGCAUAGAUAAUCUCUCAACAGUUUGUAUGAAACAGAGUAUAGAAUUAAGGCUUUAAGGUGAUCUGCAUAGGAUACGCUGUUUAUAACCUGUAUUCGUUUUAUGAGGAACAUCUGUGGACAUUCUAGUUAUUGAAUGCGCAGGGUUAGGUACAUACCAAGGGGAUCCCUACUGACUGAUGGGCCUGAUGGUGGAUGAAUACAGUGGAAUGAUGAUUUCCUUGGACCUAGAUGCCAUACGUUUGUUUAUAAGCUGAAUGACAUAGAAUGAUUUUCUUACCACCUUAUAUACAUGUUAGCCAGAAGCCAGGUUACUAUCUACUUACAUACCCAGAUCUCUUGACUACUGGUUCUACUUGUAGUGUAGUGUUAUCAGUGAAGUAAUUUCCUACAGUGGCUGACUUCACAAAGGAUACUAUUAUAUAUAUUUUUUAGCACUGAGUUUUCAGCUGUGAUCUUGGCAACAGUCAUUUGUCUGAGUUCGUCCUUCCUUUAGGAAGUUUGUGAUUUUGGAGGAUACUAUGACUGUUCUUUGUUUGCAAUCUUGGUCAGCCAGAUGCCCGUGACAUUGGCCUCGACUUCCAAGAAGUAGAUGCCAGAAAGGAGCAGACCCAGCAUAGAGCACUGAGGGACUCUGCUAGUGACCGGCCUCUCUAUGGAGGUGAUCUCCCCUGUUCUGUCUUCUUGGGUCUUGUAUGAGAGUCUGCAGAUUAUCCAACAUGUGACAAAUCCAAUAUCCCCAAGUUUGUUUACAGUGCCUGACAUCAGGCAGUUUGUUGCCAAAGUUGCACCUGCCCACACCUGCCUAUUAUGAGUCAGAACAACUUAGAGGAGCUGAUGAAGAACCAACAAAAGUCUUGGAGUGAAGGGGGGGGGGGCAGGCACAGGAAAUAUGCCUCUGCUUUCAAAAUCUCUAACACAUAAAGUAGCCAAGAUUAUUUAGACAAACGCCCAUGAGAGAUGCCAAGACUGUUAGGACAGCCUUUCAUUCAUGAUGUUUCAUGUCAGCAGGUGCAUUUUAUUGAUGCCUGUUCUGUGCUCCAGCACCCUCCUUCCAAACUCUGGCUACUCUUCAAAGUAUUCCUCAGGGUUAUCUUCUUCUUCUUUGGUAUCCUGUUAGAGAUGAUGACAGAGGAGUAUGAAAAAUUACUGAAUUCCCAACAUCAACUCCUCUUAUGCCAAGAUGUGCCCCUCACUGCCCAGAUUACCAGCUUCUGGAAGUCAAAACCCAUGGAGGCAGUAUUUCUUGCACAGCAGAAAUUUGCUGGGCUUAUACUUACCACUAGGGUUUCAGGCUAGAAGCAUAUUUCGUGUGCCUGCCUUUCCACCCCCUUCACUCCAAGACUUUUGUGGGUUCUUCAUGGGCAGGUGUGGGCAGGUGUUGACAGGCGCUUUGCCAGGACUGAACAGUUGUCUUGAUUCCAGUGUCUUUAUCUCUUGUGCCUCCAUUUAUGGCUGGAUUGACUGUAUGUGUACUGUAAGCUUUAGCUUCAUCACUAACCUUUGACGAGUGGGCAUUACUGUGGGGACCAUCCUAUUGUGUCAACAUCAGUGCCAACUUUUUUUUCUGAUUGAUGACGUUGGGAGUUUGGAUUCCACAUUGCUCAUACUGAUAUCAACUUUGACCUUGGAAUCCUUCCGCCAUCCCUUUCUGCUUUGAUGCAUGUUUUUUUUUUUUUUUUCUAGUUUCUUCUGCAGGGGCCACCCAGUAUUUCCAGCAGUUCUGUAGGACUCUUGCAAUCUCUGCCAUUCCCCUUGCCAGUUCAUUUCACCAGAGCUGUUUCUCUUCCUCUUCUGAUUUAUCUUCUCCCUAGGUGUAUUGGAAGGCUUCAUGUAAAAGGAAGUAUUUAUUUUCCAAGCUAGGGUCUCUCAAAUCUGAUUUGGAUGUGGAAAAGGAGGACAUUGACUCCCAAACAGCCUCCUAACACACAAAACUCUAAAUUUGGGGGAGGUCCUAGAGAUGAUGUGGCAGGAAAAAGGAUGGCAUGCAGACUCCUUGACCUCCCUACAGUGAACUCUGAAGAACUUUAGGUCUCUUAGACAAAUUUAUGGCGGUCUCAUCUAUUUGAAAUAUCAUCCUGGUGGCUACUAAAGGUGGUGUGAGUACACCAAACCUGAGUCGUAUGUUUACUGCUACAGUGAUUUGCAUUCAAAGACCUGCUGUUAUGGUGAAUAUCUCACACACCUGUACUUUUAAUUGUGAUUCAAAGCUACCAUUGCAUCUUUUCAAGACAUAAACAGUUUGCAAAACCUUGUUAAAUUGUUUCUUUCAAAGUAUCAUAUGUAUUGACAGCUGCUUUGCAAACUGAAAAUAGUUUUGCUCAGUUUUACAGAGACCGUGGAGAAUGUAUCGGGUGGCAGGGGUGGAAAUGUGAAGUUUACAUGUAGCAUAGGCCUUCACAUUCACAGUAUGGAGGAAAUGCAAGCAUUAAAGCUGUGAAUUCUGAGUGAGGUUACUAUGGUUCAGAAAGAGCAUUUGUUACCUUGUAUUUUAUCAUUUUUCCAUGGUUGAAGUAUCUUCUCGUUUAAUUCCUGCUGUUGUAUCUGAUUGAAGUAAUCUCUGCAUGUAUCAGCUGUACUCUUUCAUAUUUCAUUUUUUCAUUUAUGUUUGUUUUCUGCUUCUUGGCUGCAGCUUUUGUGGAAAUGAUGCCUACCAGUGAUCACAUCUUGUGUACCAAACGUGUCAGUGCUGACUCGGUGUGUUAUUGAUCACCUUUUCAGUAUUGAAGUAAGACUUUUGAAGAUGUGCAUAAAGAACAGAAUCCAGUUGGCACAA